AUGGAGUCAUCUUUCCCAUUUGGAGUGAUCCUUGCUGUCCUGGCGUCCCUCAUCAUUGCUGCUAAUGCACUAGUGGCCGUGGCUGAGCUGUUGUUGAUCCACAGGAAUGAUGGCGUUAGUCUUUGCUUCACCUUGAAUCUGGCUGUGGCUGACACCUUGCUUGGCGUGGCGAUUUCUGGCCUAGUCACUGACCAGCUCUCCAACCCAGCUCGGCCCACACAGAAGACCCUGUGCAGUCUUCGGAUGGCAUUUGUCACUUCCUCCGCAGCUGCUUCUGUCCUCACAGUCAUGCUGAUUGCCUCUGACAGGUACCUUGCCAUCAAGCAGCCUCUCCGCUACUUCCAGAUCAUGAAUGGGUUUGUGGCUGGAGCCUGCAUUGCUGGGCUGUGGUUAGUGUCUUACGUCAUUGGCUUCCUCCCACUUGGAGUCCCCAUAUUCCAGCAGACCACCUACCAGGGGCCUUGCAGCUUCUUUGCUGUGUUUCACCCGCGCUUUGUGCUGACACUCUCCUGCGCUGGCUUCUUCCCAGCCCUGCUCCUUUUUGUGUUCUUCUACUGUGACAUGCUCAAGAUUGCCUCUAUGCACAGCCAACAGAUCCGGAAGAUGGAACAUGCAGGAGCCAUAGCUGGAGCUUACCGGCCCCCACGGACUGUGGCCUGCCAAGAGUGCCACCUCUAUUUAGUACUGGAACGGUACCUGUGGCUGCUUGGUGUGGGCAACUCCCUGCUCAACCCACUCAUCUAUGCCUAUUGGCAGAAGGAGGUGCGGCAGCAGCUCUACCAGAUGGCCCUGGGAAUGAAGAAAGGGCUCGCUUCAUUCUUCCUCCUUUUCUUGGCCAGGGAUGGUGGCCCAGACGUGUCGAGGGAAAGUUCCUGUCACAUUGCCACUAUUUCUCACCCACAGCUUGAUGGCUAA